UCACCAGCAGCAAAACAAAGCAACCAACUUUCUCCAAGCACGAAGAACCUCCUCUUCUCCGGCUCCCCCCAACUCCAACAAGGCCAAGAACCUUCUUGCCCAGCCAACCGCCACGCACCAAGCAGCCGCCGCCAUGGACGCCAAAAUCGGCUCCAUCCCGCCCCCAACGGCCGCCGCCUCCACCACGGCCGCCGCCUCGCCGCGGGAGGCCACGCUGGGCCGGCACCUGGCGCGGCGCCUGGCCGAAGUCGGCGCCCGCGACGUCUUCACCGUGCCCGGCGACUUCAACCUCACCCUGCUCGACGAGCUAGAGGCCGACGGCCCCGAGAACGGGGUGCGGCUUAUCGGGUGCUGCAACGAGCUCAACGCGGCCUACGCCGCGGACGGGUACGCCCGCGCGCGCGCCGGGGCCGGAGGGGUCGGGGUCGGGGCGUGCGCUGUCACCUUCACCGUGGGCGGGCUCAGCGCCAUCAACGCCGUCGCGGGCGCCUUCAGCGAGAACCUCCCCGUGGUGUGCGUCGUCGGGGGACCCAACAGCAACGACUACGGGAGUAAUCGGAUCCUGCAUCAUACCAUCGGGGUUCCCGAUUUCACGCAGGAGCUCCGCUGCUUCCAAAAUGUCACCUGCUACCAGGCAGUGAUCAACAACUUGGAGGAUGCACACGAGCAAAUUGACACUGCCAUCUCCACCGCAGUGAAGGAGAGCAAGCCUGUCUACAUCAGCAUCAGCUGCAACCUGCCCUCGAUCCCGCAUCCUACCUUUAGCCGCCACCCUGUCCCUUUCUUUCUCUCCCCAAGGCUGUCAAACCAGAUGAACCUGGAAGCAGCAGUGGAAGCCGCUGCAGCUUUCUUGGACAAAGCAGUCAAGCCAGUCCUUGUUGGUGGACCUAAGAUGAGGGUGGCCAAAGCAUGCAAAGCCUUUGUAGAGCUGGCUGAUGCAUGCGGUUAUCCCGUUGCGGUGAUGCCUUCUGCAAAGGGGCUUGUGCCAGAGCACCACUUGAGGUUUAUCGGCACAUACUGGGGUGCUGUGAGCACUCCAUUCUGUGCUGAAAUCAUCGAGUCAGCUGAUGCAUAUCUGUUUGCUGGCCCAAUAUUUAACGAUUACAGCUCAGUUGGAUACUCGCUUCUUCUCAAGAAGGAGAAGGCUAUCUUUGUCCAGCCGGACCGGGUGGUGAUUGGGCAUGGCCCUGCAUUUGGGUGUAUUCUAAUGAAGGACUUCCUGCAUGCACUUGCAAGCAGAGUGAAUAAGAAUAUAGCUGCACAUGAGAACUAUUGUCGGAUAUUCGUCCCUCCGGGCGAACCUCUUUCAUCUAAGCCUGGAGAGCCUUUGAGAGUGAAUGUGCUUUUCAAGCACGUUCAGAAAAUGUUGACAAGCAAUUCAACUGUGAUCCCAGAGACUGGUGACUCAUGGUUUAACUGCCAGAAGCUGAAACUACCAGAAGGCUGUGGGUACGAAUUUCAGAUGCAAUAUGGAUCAAUUGGUUGGUCAGUGGGUGCAACUCUGGGAUAUGCGCAGGCUGCCAAGGAUAAGCGUGUCCUUGCCUUCAUUGGAGACGGUAGCUUUCAGGUGACGGCACAAGAAGUGUCGACAAUGAUCCGGUGGGGGCACAACACCAUCAUCUUUCUCAUUAACAACGGAGGGUACACCAUUGAGGUGGAGAUACACGACGGUCCUUACAACAUCAUCAAGAACUGGAACUACACCGGCGUGGUGGAAGCAUUCCAUAAUGGCGAGGGCAAGUGCUAUACGGCAAAGGUCCGAACGGAGGAGGAACUGAAGAAGGCAAUUGAGGCAUCUCUAGGACCCAAAAAGGAUUGCCUGUGCUUCAUAGAGGUAAUUGUACACAAGGAUGACACUAGUAAAGAGCUUCUUGAGUGGGGCUCUAGGGUUUCAGCCGCAAAUAGCCGCCCACCGAAUCCUCAGUGAAGCACCAUCGGGUCUCCACUGGGUCCUCAUCCACCAGCUUGAUUGCAUCAUACUGGAAGUUCUGGAUAGGAGAUGUCACUGAUCUCUGAAUAAACCGUCCAUGUAAGUUCGCUGCUGCUGCAAGGGCUCAUGGUGGUCACUGUACAUACAUAACAGAGAUGAUUUCAGUUCAGGUUCUGGUACAUGUAUAGUUGUAGUAUUACUUGCAAUAAAUCUGGAAGCGACUUCUUGUUGCUCAGUUUUAUUAACUAA